AAUUAGCAUAUUUCCAGACAGAGUGAGAACGGCGGUUGACACCACGUCUAGAUCCGUUUUGCGUGUCAGAGCUCGGCUCAUUUUGGAACUUGCCAAGCGCCAAGCAAACUCCUCCUCACCCUCCAAGUACCAGACAAGAUGCCUCGUUUCGCUGGAGUCGAAGUUGGCGGCACCACGUGGGUGGUGGCCAUCGCCGAGGACCACCCGGAGAACAUCCUGGAGAAGUUCGAGGUGGACACGACGACGCCCGACGAGACGAUGGGCGCCAUUGUGGCCUGGCUGAAGGAGCGCAAGUUCGACUCGAUCGGCAUUGCCUCCUUCGGCCCCGUGGACCUCAACAAGAAGUCGCCCACGUAUGGCUACAUCACGAGCACGCCCAAGCCCAACUGGGGCAACACGGACGUGGUCGGUGUAUUCAAGCGUGCCUUCCCGGACGUGCCCAUCGGUUUCGACACGGAUGUGAACGCCCCUGCACUGUAUGAAGUGGCGUACGGUGGCCACGGCGACAUCAGCAGCGCCGUGUACAUUACGGUGGGCACUGGCGUUGGCGUUGGCGUGUGCACGAACGGCAACGCCAUCCACGGCUUCAUGCACCCGGAGGGCGGCCACAUCGUCGUGCCACCUGCCCCGCAGGACAUUGAGACCGGCUUCAACGGCGUGUGCCCGUUCCACGGCGACUGCGUUGAGGGCAUGGUGGCGUCUGGCUCAAUUGCUGCGCGUACGGGCGUGGAUCGCCGUGACCUGGCCAACAUCACGGACGACGACCCGGUGUGGGACACGAUCGCGCACUACCUGGCCAACCUGUGCAUCAACGUGACGUUCCUCACGUCUCCGGACGUCAUUGUCAUUGGCGGCGGCAUUGCUCGUCGUGAGAAGCUCUUCGACUUGAUCCGCGAGAAGUUCGUCGCUCGUGUCAACAAGUACGGCCAGCAGCCUCCCGUGGAAAAGUACAUCCGUGCCUCUUUCCACCCGGCCAUCGGUCUCGUGAGCUCGCUCCACCUGGCACGUCUGGAGCUGCAGUAAAAAAAAUGUAUGAAGAACAGGUAUUUCUCCGCCACAUCGCGUUCAGCCAUCCCCACACUUGUAGUAGACGGUAGGUAGAGUGGAGCGAAGGAUCUGAAGGAAUUUGUAGUUCUAGCGCCUUGGUAGCUGGAAUACAAGCUGUGUUUUAUGUCUAUCUACAAGCUCGUUCGUUAGUGGAUCCGAAGGUGA